CUUAGUUUAUGUGCUCCUACUGGGGGCCACUGGUCGUGGGCUACAGCCAGAAGGAUGGAGGGGGGAUGAAUCUGGGGUCUCAUGCUAAGGAGCUGUGCAUCCCCCCCCGACCAACCCCUCCAGCUCGUGUUCCAUUGACACCCUUAGGAGUAACUUUGUUUCAGUAGCAAAUGACAUACAUAUGUAAGACCUGAAGAGCAGGUUUCAUGUGGAUUUUUCAUGUGCCGCCUUUGUUUACUUUGAGACUGAUUCUGAAGUUACAUAUGUGCACAUUUCAGUUUGUUGAUAGACGAGGGAUCAAAGCAAAGCCCAGCAAACCUCGGGCAGACGGUCAAUCAAAACAUGCUUAUCUGGUCUCGGAGCUCCUGUGUGUCCUUCUGCAGCUGUAAGGAGGCUGUAAGUGAAUAUUCAUAACAAUGAUCCUGGUGGAAGAAGGCAGAGGAGGAAAGUGGGCCGUGGGUGUCUGCGGUACAGAACAAAGCAGGACUCUUCGCCUUCUCCAUUCUAGCUUUCGGUUCUCUGUCUGGAGUGUUGUGAGGCUGGCCUGUUAGCAACCGUGGCUAACAAGCGUAAAUAUGAGCCACGCAUAGGGUGACCCCACACGAGUCUCACUCUCACAUGGCCCUGUAAAUAUAGGGUGACCCCACACGAGUCUCACUCUCACAUGGCCCUGUAAAUAUACCUUUCCGAUGGAAUUGUUAGCUUAGUGAAGGCAUUGUCGUUAUUGUGACAAUUUGUUUUGGAUAAGUGAAAUGAUCUGAUUUAUGUGUUUUUUUUCCUGUGAUAAUUAUAAAAUGGUUUCAGUAAUUGUAACAGGGUAAUUUAAGUAAUUUGGGAUGUUUUUGCCUCUGCUUACAAAUAAUUUUUUUAAUGUUAUUUGUUCCUUGGAAGUGACUAUAAUUUCCUUUGCCUUUUUCUUUAAUUAGUUGAUUAAAAUGUUUUUAAAGGACAAAACUAUUUAAUCUGCCAUGGCUUGUCAGAACUAGUCUGUGGCAGAGGAACUAAAUCCUCUCCCUCUGUCCUGUUCAUGGUGCCUGAAAGUAAUGGCUCACAUAUUUAUUGUAAGUUUCUGGCUAAUUUGAGAUAGAGGGAUCAGUUGGGGGAUGGCAUUGUUUGGUUUGGGAAGUAUUCUGUUGGUCGCCUGGCAACAGGCUCCUGGAAACGGGAGUGGACGGUGUUGCCCCUGGAAACCGCUGUUGCUCUGCAAACAAUGUGGGCCAGUGCAAACAAGAGCCAAGACUGUGGGCUCCUGCUUUUAAUUGAACAUCUGUAUGUGUUUUUCUCUGAUUGAAUGCUCCGCAAAUCAGAUAAGCCAGUGACUGAUGUAUUACACCGUGCCCCAACUUUCCUGCAAAAUAACAGGUAUGGUUUUGUAUUAAAUUAAUAGAGGCUUAAAAAUCGAGUUUCCCAGGUUUCUUUUGCUCUCGCUCAGAGAUUUUCAGCUGGAAGUGACAGUUAAAUUGCAGUAAAUGGAUCUACAGCUGUAGUGAUAUUCACUGCUGCAGCAGUCAUUCCACAUUCUCGUGUUCUGCAUAAGUGUCCCCCUUUGUUCGAGCGUCUCUGUUGUCAUUCUGUGAAACUUGGAGAUGGAGAAAGUUCGCCGAGGAAGCCAGAAAACUGAAGUUUUGCAGCGCAGCCCCGUUCGGCUUCGGCCGGGGUACUGCAGGACCCCCGCAGCCCGUGGCCUUUGUGUGCCUCACAGCGGCUGGUGGGGAAUUUUGUGUGGCUUUUAACCUUCACCGGGGCCUCUGGCGGGCUGGGGAGAAUGCCUGCCCACGGUCCCUGCGCUCAGUGCUACCCCUUGUCCCCCAAGUCCAGCGCUGUCUGUCAGCUUCACUCCAUUGAUGGCAUUUUGGGCCUGAUAUGUUUUAUUGAAAUUCUCUUUGUGUAUCUGAGAGUUCCCAGGUCUAAGUAAAGCGGCUGAUUUCUAACGGGCCAUGUUUAGCUCCAGGACGUAAGAGUCUGGCUCAUUCCUCUCCCCUGUGAGUAAAUGUUGCCACUGGGGAAACCAGUCCAAAGAUAACUGGAGAGAUUGUCAAGCACAUAUUUAUAACUGAGUGGACGCAGUGGUCAAAUUCCUUUCUUUUAAAAGAGCAUGAAACUUGAACCCUGACUUUUUCUUUUUCGUUCUGUCAAAGUAAGGUAUGAAAGUCAUCAGGCUGUAGUGUUGAAAGAGCUUUGAUUUAAUAUGCCGCAUCUGGAUUUGACCAGCUGUUUUGCUGAUGUUGUGGGCAGACUGGUGGGUGUUGUGUCUCUUAUGGACCCCCCUCCAGCGGCAUGAUGUGAGAUGCAUUCGAGCGACGGGUGUUUUGACUGAGAAACAGGGGUGGUACCGUGGUUACCGUGGAGCAUAGGGUCGUCUGUGCUGUCAUUCCCUCUGGAUGCCAUCUGAUAGGGCGGAUGACAGCUGAGAUGCUUCUGGAAUGAGGCGUGCACACGUGCCCAUCAACAUGUUUUUGUUGUUAUGGCUGUAUGAACAUUUUUCUAGAAAUGCAAAAUGUUGAAUUUGCACGUAUAGACGUACACAGGCGUGUGUAUGUCCGUGCACGUGCAGACCGGUUUGGUAACCGUGUCCUGAAGAGGUAACCACCCCAGUCACCUUGGUGUUUUUGAGUUCCUGCACCAUCCUUAACACCGAUUACUCACCUUGCGUUCCUUUGCCAAUCCAGUCUGUUGUCCCGGCAACCAGAGAGGCGGCACACCCAUUGCCAGGGUGGUUGUAGAUCUGAUGGCGUGAAAAUGAGAUUUCAAAAUCUUUAUGCUUCCCUGUAAAAUGAGGAAGUAUUUUUGCUCGACAAACAGGAGCCAGAGUUUUUUUCUUUAAAGGAAAUAGUCUUACAAUGCUUUAUAGAAUGUCAUUAAAUUUGAACACAAUCAUAAAAAAACAUUCUCAUGAUUUCAUGAACCAGUAAGUUUCCUUUCCUGGGAGUUAAAAUGAAUUAUCUCAAGGUUUAAAGCCUGGUAUGGCUUCAGUAUGCAGAGCUCGGAGGGAGGGUCCGACUCGGCGUCCAGCGGGCCCCUGCGCACGUCCACCUCAGCCCAGGCCCCCGUGGUGCAGGCCGUGCCCGCUUCCCAGCAGAGGGUGCUGGUGCAGGCCACGGGCUCGGCCCAGAAGAGCACCCCCGCCCAGCCGCUGCCGGUGCCCAGGGUGCAGCAGGUCCCUCAGCCGGUGCAGCAGCAGGUCCAGCAUGUGUACCAAUCGCAGAUCCAGUACGUGGAUGGCAGUGAGGCAGUGUACACCAACGGACCCAGUCGCACAGCCUAUUCCUACAACACCGAUGGGCAGCUGUACGGCCAGUCCAGCGGAGGGACCUACUUCGACACGCAGGCUGGGGCCGGUACGCCAGUCACAGCUGUCGUGUCGUCCGCCGCCGGCAGCGGGGGCGGGGGUGGCGGGCCCCCUCACGGCAUGGUGGGCAUCACGAUGGAUGUGGGCGGCAGUCACAUAAUCUCCAGCGGGGGCAGCGCCUACCUCAUCCACGGGAGCGGCAUGGAGGGCAGCCGGCAUCACGUCUCCCACUCCGCCCGAGCCUCGUCCGCCAUGCUUGAAAUGGCGAUUGAAAACCUCCAAAAGUCUGAGGGGAUAGCAACUCACAAAAGCACCCUGCUCAACAGCCAUCUCCAGUGGCUGCUGGACAACUACGAGACAGCAGAGGGCGUCAGCCUCCCGCGCAGCUCCCUGUACAACCACUACCUGCGGCACUGCCAGGAACAGAAGCUGGACCCGGUGAACGCCGCCUCCUUCGGCAAGCUCAUCCGCUCCGUCUUCAUGGGGCUGCGCACGCGUCGCCUGGGCACCAGGGGGAACUCCAAGUACCAUUACUACGGCAUCCGUGUCAAGCCGGAUUCGCCGCUCAACCGGCUACAGGAGGACUCCCAGUACAUGGCCAUGCGGCAACAACCCGUGCACCAGAAGCAGAGGUUCAAGCCGAUGCAGAAGGUAGACGGCGGGGUGGACGGCCUGUCCGGGGGGGCGCAGCACCUCUCCAUCACACCCGAGCAGUCAGUAGCUGCCCAGAGUCAGCAUCACCAACAGUACAUCGAUCUGUCCCGCACGCUGCCGCCGUUCCCCACCCCCAACCUGGACUCCCACCCGCUGCCUGAGUGCCUGACCGUGAGUGACGUGAAGAAGCUACAGGGACUGUACAGGGACCACUGCGAGGCCACUCUGGACGUGGUGAUGAACCUGCAGUUCCACUACAUUGAGAAACUCUGGCAGACCUUUUGGUAUUCAACAGCGCCCUCUAGUGACGGAGCCACUGCACUUCCUAAUAGCGAGGAGGAGCCCGAGAGCUCCCUCACCAGGGAGAAGCUGGUGGCCCUGUGCAAGUACGAGCCCCUCAAGCUGUGGAUGCGGAGUUGUGACCACAUCCUGUACCAGGCGCUGGUAGAGAUCCUCAUCCCCAACGUGCUGCGGCCCGUCCCCAGCACCCUAACUCAAGCCAUACGAAACUUUGCCAAGAGUCUUGAAAGCUGGUUGACUACAGCCAUGAGUGACUUCCCCCAGGACAUCGUCCGCUCCAAGGUUGCGGUGGUCAGCGCCUUUGCGCAGACGCUGCGCAGAUACACCUCCCUGAACCAUCUGGCGCAGGCGGCACGCGCAGUCCUACAGAACACCUCGCAGAUCAACCAGAUGCUCAGCGACCUCAACCGUGUGGACUUCGCCAACGUGCAGGAGCAGGCCUCGUGGGUGUGCCAGUGCAACGAGAGCGUGGUCCAGCAACUGGAGCAGGACUUCAAGGUGACGCUGCAGCAGCAGAGCUCUCUGGACCAGUGGGCCGCCUGGCUGGACAACGUGGUGAACCAGGUGCUGAAGCCACAUGAAGGCAGCCCCAGCUUCCCCAGAGCCGCCCGACAGUUCCUGCUCAAGUGGUCUUUCUACAGCUCCAUGGUGAUCCGCGACCUGACCCUGCGCAGCGCCGCCAGCUUCGGCUCCUUCCACCUCAUCCGGCUGCUCUACGACGAGUACAUGUUCUACCUGGUAGAGCACCGCGUCGCCCUGGCGACCGGGGAGACGCCCAUCGCCGUCAUGGGGGAGUUCAGUGAUCUGAACUCCAUGAUGCCCAUGCUUAUGGAUAAAGAGCCGCCGUACCCUGACGACAUGAGCGAGAUGGGAAGCGAUGGCGACACUUCCCAGAGGACCGGUGAGCCCACGGUCAAGAGAGAGCGUGUGGAGAUCAAUCACUCUCUGCAGGAGAUCUGAGGGUAAAAAGGCGCUGGGCC